CUGAGGAGCACAGCGAGGGAGCAGCCUGCCAACUCAGAGGGCGUCUGUCUGAGCCGGAAUCACAGCCUGGCAUAUCGUCAGCUCUGCAGCAUUGGGACGACUUGACGAAGAUGAUCUUUGAGUCUCCUGCGUCUGCUGAUUCUGGCUGACGGCCACAGCACACAUCCUGAAGCAGGACGGGAGGAUCUUCUCACACCCGAUAGUUGCAUGUCCUUCGGACAGAAAGAUGUAAUGGCCUGUUAUAAUCGAUCUUAAAAUUUCCAUAGUAGGACAAACAUCUGUCACAGUGCAUAUGAACACAAAUGUUAGGGGAAUGUUUUCCUGGUUUGUUUUCAUUUAACGCUUGAUCUCACUCCCAAGGCUGUAAUUGCAAAUGAGAACUGAUUUACAAAUUGGCAAUACGAAUCUACAUUCCGGGGUCGUUAUGAGCAACAGCUUCUCCCACACACUAGUGGAGCGGCAGCCCAAUCUACUGAGUCGGAGUGGGUUGCAGUAUGGAAUGCUGCCCUCUAGUGGCCACCCCGAGCAUCGACACCUCCUCUCUAGCGACUCCUUUCCCCACACCAUGCCCCUGCUGCUGUACCCUACCAGUGUGGAUGCAGGCUUCUAUGAGGGCCCCUAUGGGGGUGCCUCGCCCUUCUUUUCCUACCUCCCUGCUUUUCGUGGACACCUGGGGCUUUAUGAGUGUCCUUUUGAGCCCGCAUUCAUCCAGAAGCGCAACGAACGCGAGCGCCAGCGGGUGAAGUGCGUCAACCAGGGCUACGCCAAGCUGCGUGACCACCUGCCCGCGGCCGCCGGCGACAAGCGGCUCAGUAAGGUGGAGACGCUGCGCGCCGCCAUCCGCUACAUCAAGCACCUGCAGGCGCUGGUUAGCCAGCUGCCGCCCGGGGAGCCCGCCUGCAAGGACCCCGUCUGCAGGUCCCUCCUUCUGGGAGACCAGGGCCACAGUGAUGCGGAGUCUGGCUCCUCCUCUCCGAGGCUCUACUGUGAGGAGUCAGAAGGAAGCGGGAGCUAGACCCAUGUUAGCCUGAAGGACAAGAGAGACGAGAUGGAAGAGGCUGAGGGAAGGAGAACCACAAACAAGGACAGUACUUUGGAUCCUGAAGUUUCUGAGGCUAGUUUUUCCUCAAGACUUUAUUUAUGACAUGAAUGAAUCACUGGUGAUUACAUGGAAGUAGGGUACGACCCAACAGCAAGGUUUUAGCAUCAAAGCUAAGAGGCUACUGUGGGACUUGAGGCCGGUUAGGGAUAGUGGCCUGAGUGCUUCAUGGCCGACACUGGUACUGCGCUCUGUGUUUAUUUCCAAAUAAGCCAGUUAAAAUGAAGGGAGGAGGCACUCAGUGUGAUUUUUAGGCUUUGGUUCAAUGUCUCCUCCUCAUGAGUUCUGAUUUGAGCUGAGGGCUUCAGUGAACCUUCAUUUUAAUUACGCUUUUUGAUAUUACUGAAUACGUAAAAUAUGCUUAAAGACAUCAACAAGAUGGACAG